AUGGGUCUUUAUUGUUUUCGGAGAGGUGCUACUAGCCAAAAGAGCGGCCUUUGCGGUUUUCCCCCAUUCGAACGGAAAGAGGAAAGGAACAAGCUGCCGACGAGGAAAUUUGACCUCACCGUCAUCUCUCAACGUGAUCCACCGGCACCUGUUUUUAUUCAAGACAAAAAAAAGAAGAAGGGGCGAUAUCGUAUUGAAGGUGAUGACUCAGAAAACUCCCACGUUUCGCGGACCCCGAUGUCAUCAGUACCUUAUUUGAAGCCCACGCAAUUUCAAUCCUUUGCGGGUCUUUUUGGGAGCGGUACUGCGGCGUUGACCCUGCGGUCGUGUGAAGACUCUAAUAUGCCUCACCAUCUAAUUGUUGGUGGGGAGGAUGGAAAUCUUGUUUUAGUAGACUAUGAAUUGGGGACAACUACUCGUCGAUGGUAUGGUGCUCAUGGACGUGACGUAAACUCUUUGACGAGGCCACUGAGUAGCGGUGUUUUUGCCUCAGCCAGUCGCGAUAAAAUAGCAAAAGUUUGGAACCUUCAUUCUGGCGAGGCACUCUGUGAACUUCACGGUCACACUGCGAAUGUGACAAGUGUCACAAUGGGUGCGGAACACAACUUCCUGGUUUCUGGAAGUCGCGAUAACACCGUUCGCUUGUGGGAUUUGGAGCGAGCUGAGGAAGUGCAAUGCUGUGAAAUCAAACAAAAUAUUGUGCAAUUUACUCAAUGGGUGCCCCAGUUGCACUGUGUGGCACAAGGUGGCGAAGACCUCACCGUGCGAUUGUGGGAUGUACGUAUGAAUGCCAAUGGUAAAAAGGCAUUGGGCUUGAGUUUGGCUACCACGCUUGCUUGCAUAGAAUAUCAUCCCAUAUGCUGUGAGUUAAUACCCGGUGAGGAAACAUGCGGACUCUUGACGGGGCACAAUGGUUUUAAUGGGCAUGGAGCAUAUGUUGUUGAGUGGGAUUUGCGCAUGCCAAAGUGUCUACGCAUUUUUCAUGGCCACACUGGCACAGUUCGGAGUAUACGAACUCUCCCUCGACAGGACCCAGCAAAUCAUGGGGAGUUUGUAAGCGCAGGCGACGAUGGAGCGAUGAUUUUCUUUUCGAUAGGUCCCAGUUCCCACGAAACGGAUGUGGCUUACGAUCCGAGGAGUAUAUUCAAACUCAAUGAGGGUCGUGUGACUUGUUUGGAUGUGUGUGCGAAUGGCGAUAUUUUUUCCUCUAUGUGGGAUGGGGCCGUGUCGGUGCUGCGUUGCACAUCCCCAAAAAAGGGAGUUAAGGGAACCUUUAAACGGUUCAGAUGCUUUGGGGCAGAGGAACUGCCAAAGUGA